AUGAACCAAAUGGUAGAAAAGUGGUCUUAUUUUUCUCUUGCUCGAAGUUAUUAUGAAGAUAUUGGAAAUUUUAUCUUAUCUAUGAGUUCUGAGUAUGGGGUAAAUGCCAGGGCAGCAAUACCCUAUGUCAUCCUCGGUUUUGUUUGUCUUUUGGUUUAUGUUUCAAGGCCCAAGCCCACAAGUCCUGAUAGCUUGCUGAAGCCCAAGCCCAAGAGUUAUGACCGUACAAGAUCCUGGAUCAUUAGAGAAAUCCACAGUGGUAAGCUAGUAUUGGAUAGACUGGUGGAGGGUUUCAAUAAAGCUCAAGUAAAUCCUGCAACAUUAGCCAAUACAGAGAAUGUUUUAAAGGCUUUACUUGAAGAAGAACUUCUUGAUUUAAUAAAGCUUCAGCAAACUGUGGCGAAGUUGGAAAUGAGUGGAAGGGAAGAUUCUGCAGUGAAAAUACUUGAAGAGGCGGCAAAAAAGGCCUAUGAUGCAAAGAAACCACACGAAGCCUACGAGAUUGAAAUGUUACUCGUAGAAAUGCUCAUCUACAAGGGAGAAUUGGACAAAGCUUCUAAAUGUAAAUGCUUGAAAGAUGAAUCAAUUAAAGAUGCUCGGCGCCCACUGUACAAGGCAAUUAUAUACAAAAUGCUGGUGGACACGAAAGAAAGAAAUGAAAAAGAAAAAAAAGCUAAAGAAUGUUGGGAAGAAUUCGUUGAAGUACAAGAUCCACAAUUGAAGGAAGUUUAUCUUUCUCAGACCAAUUUUGAGGCGUUUAAAGAAUCUGUAGGCAGACUUCAAAGUGCUACAAGAGUUUGCCGGGAGAACUAA